CCAGGGAGGCAGAGCUCCUCACGCCACUGCAUGCUCUCACCCCGGGCCACCCUCACCGUGUCACUGGACCCUCACACAGAUUGACGGCUGAAGAAGGGCCGCAGAGGCACUGGGAGGAAAGGGAAAUCAAAGGACAGACAACUAAGCCGAUACACAAGGCGCUCACGCCAAAAAGUAGCACAGACGGGGGGGGGGGCAAGAGAGUCACAAGGGGAGAGUUGAUGAGCAGAGGUUGGGGGGAGGUUUGGUGAUUAGUUUUUAAAUCAGUCUCUCGCACACAGCGACACAAACACACACGAAGAGCAAACAAGAGCGUCAUUCAGGACUCUGCCAUGAAGUUGAGCGUGGCGUUGUUCUUCGCCGGCCUUUUCGGUGCUCUGGCGACCGUCUUCAUCCUACUGUCCUUUGGCACAGAUUACUGGCUCAUAGCCUUUGAGACAUGCCCAGCUCCAGAGGGCACAGCAGACCUGGUGGAGCGGGGGGACAUGGUGGUGAACCAGGAUGCUGAGGACCCUACUGUCUUUCACCAUGAGGGCUUCUUCUGGCUCUGCUCCUUCACUGGGAGGCUGGAGGCUUCGGAUGGAGAAAACCUGCUGAAAUUCUGGUUCACCAAUCAGCCUCACAGUAAGGAGUGCAAACAUGCUUACCUGUUCCCCUACCCAGUCUCUGAGGUGUCACAUAAUGCCACCACCUACGACUCUGCCAUCAUCUAUAGGGGUUUCUGGAGCGUCUUCAUGCUGGUGGGCGUAGCAGCGGCUGUUCUGGCUGGAUUCCUCAUUAUUUGUGCCGCCCCAUUCUCCAGUCAUUGCCUUUACAAGGCCGGGGGUGGACUCUAUUUGAUAUCAGCUCUCUUCCUGCUGGUCGUCACUAUCAUGUUUGUGAUUUGGAAAGAGGUCCUGGACGUGGUGCCGCUUUACAAGGAGUACCAGAGCGCCAGGUGUCCGGACUUUGACAUGUCCAUGGAGUACGGGAUCUCCUUCAUGUUCGCACCCGUCGGGGUGUUCUUCUGUCUGCUGGCUGGCCUGCUCUUCCUCCUCAUCGGUCGCUCGGUGCAGAUGCAGUACCGAUAAAUGCAUGUCUCGCCGCAGUGUGUGUGUGAAGACACAUGACACAUGACUUGGGCUUCACUGAUCCCGCUUAGGUUGGGUGACUUGGCCGUUUACGACCUCCAACGACCUAAUUUGGCUCCAGUGGUGCUGAUAAACUUGCCAGAGACUUUUCUUUUGCUCACCGACAAUUUUAGCUGCCCCUGCACCUAUGGUUGGGUUUGUGAAGCUCCAGGUCACUCCUGUACUUGACCCACCCUCAUUGGCAACCUGAUAAGCUGAGACCGGGGCCGGGGAUGAUUUCACAAGCACUGUUAUUGCCAUGGGGAUAAACUAGCAUCAGUAUGAGUGUGAGACUUGUGCCUAUUUUAAGUCUAUGGUUGGUUUUAAAGGGCUAGCAUGGUUUGGGAUCACAUGAUAUGUCUUAGGGCUGAAUGCUGACAAGUCAUCCCACAAACGUGUCUGUUAUGACACAAUUGAUGACUGAAGGCAGUCUAUUUCUGACUAUCAGACCAUUAUAGGGCUUUAUAAUUGUUAUCACGCUGUAUCAUUGCAUUUUGUGCGUAUAUUAAUAGCACAUAGAAGUAGAUUAGGCACAAUAAAGCAGCCACAAGUAUCAGAUUUAAGUAUGUCACUGUUAAAAUUCCUGUUUCUCAAAGAAAUGUUCAAUACACAAAACAUUUUGUAUGUAUGUAUGUAUGUAUGUAUGUAUGUAUUUUAAGAUAUGUAUGACUUCUGGUUAUUAAAAUAUU